AUGGCAUUGAAAUCAGCUGCCAUAUUUGAAAAGAAGGAUCCAUUCAUCAAAACCCAAGGAGCAGACUUGGUUAAGGAAUUAGUUCAGUCUAUUUCUUUGAAGUACAUUCCAAUCUUUGCUGUCCUUUAAAAAACAGUAAAAACAAUUGUAUCAAAGAUUAAGGUGAUAAUCCAGAACUAUGGACAGUUUAUCUUGAAAAUGGAAAUGGAUCUAUCUCUAAUGGCAGAGUGUGAACUGCUGAUGCCACAUUCACAAUAGUUGAUGAUGAUAUGA